AUGGCCAAUCUUCCAUCAAGCAGGACCAGCAGCCCUGCGAAUAGUGAUACUGAGCGAGGAACGAAAGCACGGAGGUCUUUCAGACCAUUUCAUCUAAGGGGACAGGGUCAAGGAGACUCUAUCAGCUCCUCCAGAAACUCGAGCUGGGAUCUCCUUUCUGGUGUGCGCAAGUGGGAGGAGAGCUACGACCAGUUUGAUUCAAGGAACGCGAACCAGAAACAUCUCGCGUUUGCCGAAGGAGACAUUCCCAAGGAUAGGUUUUCUCGGUUUUACAACUACCUUCUUAACGUUUCGAUUGUUACUCGCUGGACGCUCUUCAUCUUACCUGUUUUGGGCCUUCUGUGGAUCCCUGGCGUUCUAGGGUUGACUUCGCUGCCUAAUGCUCAGAUCUUGGGAACCCACUUGUUGUGGUGGAGCAUAUGGUUUUCUGUUCUUUGGGGAGGCUGGUGGGCGAGUCUCGCUGCAGCUAUGAUAUUUCCUCGCGUGCUGCGUUCCACAAUUGGCGUGGUUGCCUUGGGUACUCGACGUUACAUCGACUGGAUGGAGGUACUGCACCGCUAUGUCGCGAUUUUCGGCUGGACAUUCGCCAUAUGGCUUUCGUGGAACCCACUCAUUAACUAUCAGCAAGAGUCAGAUGCAAGCGACAGCAGUAAAAGCAUCGCCAGCACCAUCGCCAAGAUCCUCUUCGGAUUGUACCUCUGCGCAGCUGUCCUCUUGUUCGAGAAGUUCUCUAUUCAAUGGAUCGCUGCAAAGUUCCACGAAAGAUCAUACGCUGAGCGAAUUGCCGACCAGAAGUUCGCCGUCAAGACCCUCACGUUCUUGUACCGGUUUUCGAGCGAUAUUCCCGGCAGGUCCGAUACUUUGAGAGACACCCGCGGAACAAACAAAGGAAGAGACUCGCCGAAGAGGUUCUUCAAGCGCGCGAUGAAGGGAGUGAGGUUCGCUGCCACGACGACUACUACGGUCCUGGGGAAUGUGGCGUCGGAGAUCGCCGGAAGUUCGGUACUGCAGCCGAAUUCGCCAGCGGCUAUGGUGCAGACGGCGCUCAGGUCGGCUAACAAGACAAGGCUUCUAGCCAGGCGAUUGUACUACUCUUUCCGCAGGCCGGGCAUGGAUGGGAUCACAAUUGAAGACAUCGCUCGUUUCUAUCCGAACAUCGAAGACGCGGAGGUGGCGUUUUCUCUUUUCGACAAAGAUCAAAAUGGCGAUGUAUCGAGGGAUGAGAUUGAGAUGAGCUGCUUGGAGUUUCACCGAGAGCAAUUGUCUAUCGAACAUUCGAUGAGGGACUUGGAUAGUGCGGUCGGACGGUUGGAUAAUAUCCUCAUGAGUGUUUAUGUCUUUGUGGCGAUCUUGAUUAUGGCUGUCACUUUGGACGCAGAACUGACGUCCCUGAUCACUGGUGCUGGGACUAUCAUUCUUGGUCUUAGUUGGCUUAUCGGAGACAGUCUCUCCGCUGUCCUUACGAGUAUCAUAUUCCUCUUCAUCAAGCAUCCAUUCGACGUUGGCGACGUCAUCGAUUUGGGAGAUGAAGGGACUUUCACGGUCAAGGAGAUACGGUUACUGAGCACCAUCAUGCUCAAUGGGCAUGGAACGCUGGUGCAAGCCCCGAACGUCGUUUUAGAUACGCUAAUGUCGGAAGAUUUUGUUUUCGAUGUUGAUUUCAACACAAGCUUUGAGCGUAUAGAGGCCCUACGGUCAAAGAUGCUUAUGUUCGUCAAGUCUGAGCGAAGAGAUUAUAUGCCUUCGUUCGACAUUGAGGUUGUUGAUAUUCCUGCGCAGGAGAAGAUGACAUUGAAGGCGGCUAUCAUGUAUAAGAGUAAUUGGCAGCAAGGCUCACUCAAAGCCAAACGUCGCAAUAAGUGGAUUUGUGCGCUGAAACAAGCCAUGGCCGAAGUCCACGUGCACGGACCGACGGGCGAUCCAGCUGCUCAUCGCAGAGCGACGCCGUACACCCUUGUACCAUGGGAUGAGGUAAAGGAAGAGGACGCGAAGCUUGCGAGAGAGGAUGAGAAGGGGAAGCGAACGCCUAUUGGGCAUCAUAUGCCGUCGGAUGGAUGGAAGCUGACGGAUAACAAUCCAACGUCGUGUACGUUAUAUUUCAUCGUGCUAGACUUUGGGAUCUCCUGA